AUGUGCGUCUGGGAGGCCCACAAAUGUGUCAUAAGAGGGGCACUAAUAGUAAAAGGCUCCGCGAUUAAAAGAGAACGAAAGGCACGUCUAACACACCUUUUACAGGAAAUCCACCAAGUUGAGGGGACCCACAAACAGACGGGGCGACCUGAUGACCGGCGCAAACUGACGACCUUACGUAGAGAACUCUCGACACAGCUCAAUUACUCCUACCAGAAAAUGGUCACACAAAUGAAAACAUUCUUCUUCGUUAACGCAGACAAAUGCGGGUCCUUACUGGCCCGAAUGACAGCCAAAAGAUGAGCGAACGCAUACAUACCCAAAAUCAGAGACAAACAUAACAGACGGAAACUCUUGCCCACAGAUAUAG